AUGAAAUUAUCUCAAUGUCAAUUUUUUAUUCCAUAAUAUUUCUUUUUUAAGUUCGUUAUUCGUUUUGUGUCAUUUGUGUGAGUUGUGACUUAUCAAGAUAUAUAUAUUGUGAAUUAACAGGAGUGUUAAUGUAUAAUAAGUGUAUUGUGUAAGUCUUGAAUACUUUUUACUGACAAUUUUCAUUUGUAUUCAAGUCGACACGAUUGUGCACAUUUAUCGUGCUUCAAAAGUCGUAAUAUAAAGUUGAAAUGGCUACAGACGUUUUAACAUCUUCUGGAGCAGAGAUUCGUGAGAAUUUGUUUCAGGUGACAACGGCUGUCAAGUUCCUCUCGAACCCCAACGUGCAGCGGUGCACAUUGGAGAGUAAGGAGAGAUUUCUCAGGAGCAAGGGACUUUCCGAUGCGGAGAUACACAGAGCGAUAGAGAAAUGCGGAGAGAUGUUGGACAUACCAUCGUUAUCGUCAGAGCUGAUGCUGUUUCAAAAUUCAAGAAAAUCAUGGUUCAGAGAAAGGAUUCUACCGUUGAUAGUCUAUGGCGGUUUUGUUUAUGGUUGUUACUGGUUUUAUAAGAAUUGCAUCCGACACCUUUUGUUUGUGGAACAGCCGAAACGUAAAACAACAGCGGAAUGUAUCGAUGAGUUACGGAAAUCGUUGGACGUCAUGAACGCGAGUAUAUCCUCUUUGAGGGGAGAGGUUCAGUCUUCCGUCAAGCAGAGCGCUCUGAGAUCGCAGCUUGAUAAUUUGAAAUCUGACAUAGCAUCGGUUAAAGGAAUUUUGCUCAAUAGAAACCAGUUCCCCACCCUCAAAACCCGUACAGAGCCACCUUCUAUACCAGCAUGGCAGCGUCAGUCGGAGGAAGCGACGUCUACAGAGGCAGCGGAAGAAAAGAAGAAACCGCAUAGAAGUCGCAGCCAGCGGUCCGAAUCCGGUGGCUCGAACUCCAGUGAGGGGGAACAGGCUACGAAGAAUAGUGAUAGCAGUUUGGAGAUCAUAACGUGAAGUUAUACUUGUGGCGAACAUUACAGAACACCGGUGUUUAGUUGGACGUUGAAAUAUUUGAUUGGUUUAAUAAAAUCAUGUGUUAAUUGUGAUGGUUCAUAUUAAUAAUGUUCCUCGUAUAUGAGUAGGUAUUUUAAAAUCGACAAACAGUUAUUUGUUUCGUUGCAUAAAAUCUUGUUUUCCAAUUUGUAACUUAGUGACAAUUAAUGUGCGUUUGUAAUAAUUUUAUCAAAAUCAUGUCUUUAAAAUGAUUGUACCAUACGGCUUUUCAUGUUUUGCUGUUUAAGCCAUAUGAA